UAGAAUUGGAGAUGAACGUAAUGAUGAGAUGCUCAUGUCACUCAGUCCAGACAAUGGGAGUCGUUGUCCCAAAAGUGGGAAUGCAGGCGACAAGAUUAGGUUCGAAAUAAACCCAUAGAAACCAUCGGGUUUAUUUUGGCGAGAGUGGAACCUCUCGCUUCGCCUGAUCCUCUCUGAGGUGACAUUGUUUUGAUAUUGAACGUUAUUUUUUUUGGAGUAAAGAAAGACCUAGCUAGCUACUGACUGAACUAAAUAGGCUACCCAACUCCCAGUCGUCUGAAAAAUGUCUAAACUACAGUUGUUGCGUGUGUUUUUAAAUGAGCGCUUAACGGCGGCUGCUGUGGAGAUUUUCGGGGCAGUUGAGAAAACGGUAGUGGAGUACCAGGAGGAGAAUGAUCGGCUACGGAGACUGUUGGGGAUCACACCGGAGAUAAAACAAUGUAGAAUAGACUCCCUGCAGCUCUCUGUCUCUGAAGAGGAGGUUCCCCCUGAGCAGCAGCACUGUGAGCAGGAGUGGAGCCCCAGUCUGGGGCAGGAGGACCCAGAGACCAUACAGAUUAAAGAGGAACAGGAGGAAGUCAGAACCAGUCAGGAGGAAGAGCAGCUUCAAGGGCUCUUUGAUACCAAAGACUCCUUAUCCACUCCUUCCUGUGUGAAAAGUGAAUGUGAUCAGGAGGACCCACGUCAAGAAGCCGUACUAGCUGAACACCCAACUCUCAGUCCACUGAAAACAUCUAAACUACAGUUGUUUCGUGUGUUUUUAAAUGAAUGUUUAACGGCAUCUGCUGCUGUGGAGAUUUUUGGUGCGGUUGAGGAAACUGUAGCAGAGUACCAGGAAGAGAAUGAUCUGCUACGGAGACUGCUGCGGAUCACACCAGAGAUAAAACUACGUAGAAUAGACUCCCUGCAGCUCUCUGUCUCUGAAGAGGAGGUUCCCUCUGAGGAGCAGCACUGUGAGCAGGAUUGGAGCCCCAAUCUGGGGCAGGAGGACCCAGAGUCCACACAGAUUAAAGAGGAACAGGAGGAAGUCAGGACCAGUCAGGAGGAAGAGCAGCUUCAAGGGCUCUUUGAUACCAAAGACUCCAUAUCCACUACUUCCUGUGUGAAAAGUGAAUGUGAUCAGGAGGACCCACUUCAGUCCUUGAGUCUUCCCCAAACCAAGACUGUGGAGAACAGAGAGAGAGACUCUAACCCAGUGGAUCUCAAAUCUUUUGUCACUGUGACCCACAUUAAGGGUGUCUACAUUCCCUGUGACCCUCCAGAUAAUCAAAACAUUGUCUGCAACCACAGUUCAGCUGUAAGCAGUGACCCAGUAGGACUUGACGACAGCCCACCAUUGGAUCCCAGCGCAUUAUUUGAUCCCAGCCCAACAUUGGGGGAACACUGUUCCAAACCCAGCACCACGUCUAGAAAAAUUCACCACUGCCGUGACUGUGGUAAAACGAUUCCUCUGAAAGCUGACCUGCAGAGGCAUAUGACUCUCCCCAAGAAGAGACCCAGUGAAUGCUGCUUCUGCAAUAAACAGAACAAUUCCACCUGUAAACUGAAGGCCCAUGUCCGACUCUGUCAUGGUGGGAAACCCUAUAUAUGCCCUGUUUGUAGCAAGACCUUCAAAUACAAAGGAGAUCUGUCCAGGCACAUGAGGAUUCACAAAGGAGAGAAACCCUUUAUCUGUGGUGACUGUGGGAAAAGCUUCAAUCAGAAGGGGAACCUAACUGAACAUGUACUGAUUCACACAGGAGAGAAACCAUUUAGCUGUGGUGACUGUGGGAAAAGCUUCAGUCAGAAGGGACACCUUACUGUUCAUAAACUGACUCACACAGGUGAGAAACCCUUUAGCUGUGGUGACUGUGGGAAAAGUUUUAGUCAGAAGGGGAACCUAAGCAUUCAUAAACUGACACACACGGGAGAGAAACCAUUUAGCUGUGGUGACUGUGGGAAAAGCUUUGGACUCAAGCGGCACCUAACCAUGCAUAAACUGACUCACACAGGAGAGAAACCAUUUAGCUGUGGAGACUGCGGGAAAAGCUUCAGUAAGAAGGGACAUCUUACUGUUCAUAAACUGACUCACACAGGAGAGAAACCAUUUAUUUGUGGUGACUGUGGGAAAAGCUUCAGGCAUAAAGGGUCCCUUAAGAUACAUAUAUUGUCUCACACAGGAGAGAAACUCUUUAGCUGCGGUGACUGUGGGAAAAGCUUCAAUAAGAGGGGGAACCUAAACAUGCAUUUACGGACUCACACAGGAGAGAAUUCAUUUAGCUGUGGAGACUGUGGGAAAAGCUUCAAUCAGAGGGUGAACCUAACCACGCAUAUACGGACUCACAGCAGAGAUAAUUCCUUUCUCUGUGGUGACUGUGGGGAAAACUUUGAUGAGAAGGGGCACCUAACUGAACAUAUACGGACUCAUACAGGAGAGAAACCAUACAGGUGUGGUGACUGUGGGAAAAGCUUUUAUCAGAAGGCGGACCUAAGGAGGCAUAUACUGACUCACACAGGAGAGAAACCUCAUGGCUGCUCCGUCUGUGGUAAAGGAUUCACUCAUAAAUCUCAUCUGCUGAGGCAUGUCGAUAAAAUCCACAAAGGAAGAAAACAGGACAGAAACUGAAAGAGCAAAGAGCAUUAGGACAAAGAGAUUGUCUGUCAGCACAGAUGACUGUUCCAUUUGAGAAGGGAUCUCCACCCUCCCCGCUUUCGACCUGAUGACGUAACGGCAUGUGCCCCGUGGCUCAGCAUAACUGAAUCCUGCCCAUUGAACAGCCCUGGUGUACAGUACACAGUACAAUUUUAUUUAUUUAUUUUUUAUUUUACCGUUAUUUUACCAGGUAAGUUGACUGAGAACACGUUCUCAUUUGCAGCAACGACCUGGGGAGUAGUUACAGGGGAGAGGAGGGGGAUGAAUGAGCCAAUUGUAAACUGGGGAUUAUUAGGUGACCAUGAUGGUUUGAGGGCCAGAUUGGGAAUUUAGCCAGGACACCGGGGUUAACACCCCUACUCUUACGAUAAGUGCCAUGGGAUCUUUAAUGACCUCAGAGAGUCAGGACACCCGUUUAACGUCCCAUCCGAAAGACGGCACCCUACACAGGGCAGUGUCCCCAAUCACUGCCCUGGGGCAUUAGGAUAUUUUUUUUAGACCAGAGGAAAUAGUGCCUCCUACUGGCCCUCCAACACCACUUCCAGCAGCAUCUGAUCUCCCAUCCAGGGACUGACCAGGACCAACCCUGCUUAGCUUCAGAAGCAAGCCAGCAGUGGUAUACAGGGUGGUAUGCUGCUGGCAACAAUGACAUGCUUACCUCUUGGUUUACCUCUUGACAACAACAAUAUAAAAUAAAAAAGUUAGUACAAAAAUAUAUGCUAAAUACAGUAACAAUGGAAUAACAGUAGAAUAACAGUCAAUUAACAAUAGAAUAACACCAUAAUAACAGUAGAAUAACAAUAGAACAGUAGAAUAACAAUAGAACAGUAUGAUAACAAUAAAUUAACAAUAGAUUAACAGUAGAACAACAAUAGAUUAACAGUAGAACAACAAUAGAAUAACAGUAGAAUAACAAUAGAAAGGUAGAAUAACAAUAUAAUAACAGUAGAAUAACAGUAGAGUAACAAUGGAACAGUAGAAUAACAAUAGAAUAACAAUAGAACAGUAUAAUAACAUUAGAACAGUAGAAUAACAAUAGAACAGUAGAAUAACAAUAGAAUAACAAUAGAACAGUAGAAUAACAUUAGAACAGUAGAAUAACAAUAGAACAGUAGAAUAACAGUAGAACAGUAGAAUAACAAUAGAACAGUAGAAUAACAUUAGAACAAUAGAACAGUAUAAUAACAAUAGAACAGUAGAAUAACAAUAGAACAGUAGAAUAACAAGGCCGUGAUGCAGCCGAUCAGAAUGUUCUCAAUUGUGCAGAAGUUGAAGUGGCUGUUGCUCCUUCUUGACCAUGUGGUGGUGUUGUGGUUCCGUGUCAGGUUCUCAGUGAUGUGAACGCCAAGAACCUUGAAACUAAGGCGGGAUGUGGACAACAGUCUUAGGAAAGCAAAUCAACUCUGGAUCAUUCAUGCAGUUGGGUAGAGAUAAAUAAAUGUGUGAUGGAUUUACUUUUUGUGUAAACGUUCUAUGUAAAUAAAGUUUGAUUUGAAUGA